AGUGAUUUGCAAAGGGCUCUCACUCCAGUGGCUCGCCUUCCGUCUCCCGUUCUUCUGCCUCGAACGGGAGGCGCGAUCUAGUCAGCUGGAAGAACCCCGUCCUUUUCCCACUUUCCGACGGAGGCGCACCCGUGAAAGAUGUGCUCGUGGGGGGCGACGGCGGCCUGGCUGGUUUUCAACAUCAUCGCUUGCGUGGCAAGAGGCAAGCCCUUGGAAGCCUGGGGUAAAUUAUCAGAGAAAUCCUUCGGUGAGCCCAGCGAGGUGGAGGGCAAGACCCCUUUCAACUUGAAAGCCUUCCUGGAAAACAUGAAAGCCGAUUUCCUGAGGAGUUUGAACUUAUCCGGCAUCCCUUUGCAAGAGAGGUCUAGAGAGGAGCCCCCGCAGUUCAUGAUCGAUCUGUACAACAAGUAUGCCACGGACAAGUCUUCCAGCCCGGCCUCCAACGUCGUGCGGAGCUUCAGUGCAGAAGAUGUUGUCUCUAUGGCUUCCCCAGAAGAAAAUCCAUUUCAGAAACACCUCUUGCUCUUCAACGUCUCUAUCCCCCGGCACGAAGUCAUCACCAGAGCUGAGCUGCGACUCCACAUUGCCUGCAGUAGGGACGUCGGGCCUCUCUCAAGGCUGGAAGGCAAGUUGGUCAUUUAUGAUGUUACCGAUAGACAUCUCUGGCAAAGCCCAGAAGGCGCCAAAGCCUUCCUUGUCUCCCGAGAGAUCCAGGAAUGCGGAUGGGAAAUGUUUGAGGUGUCCGGUGCUGUGAAAAGAUGGGUCAGGGCAGACAAACCCAAGACCAAAAACAAGCUUGAGGUUGUGGUGGAGCGGAAAACCCAGGGGGACUCCGUUUAUGGGAAACUGGACAUCAGUGUGUCGCCCGACACGACACAACUGCCCUUGCUGGUAGUGUUCUCCAACGACCACAGCAACGGGAGCAAGGAGACCAGAUUGGAGCUCCGGGAAAUGAUAGUUCAUGAGCAGGAGAGCAUGCUGAAGAAGUUAGCCAAGAACAGCACUUUGCCUGAAGAGGAAGAGGAGGGAGAGGCGAAAUCCAUAUCCGGCCCCGGGCUCCACUCGCCUUCAUCCAGAAGCAAGAGAAGCACCGGUAGCAACCACUGCCGGAGAACCUCCCUCCGCGUGAACUUCAAGGAAAUCGGCUGGGAUUCCUGGAUCAUGGCGCCCAAAGAUUACGAUGCAUUUGAAUGCAAAGGGGGAUGCUUCUUCCCGUUGACGGACAACGUAACCCCCACGAAACAUGCCAUCGUCCAGACCUUGGUGCACCUCAAAAACCCCAAGAAAGCUGCCAAGGCCUGCUGUGUUCCCACCAAACUGGAUCCCAUUUCUAUCCUCUACAUGGAUGACGCUGGGGUGCCCACUCUGAAACAUAAAUACGAGGGGAUGAAAGUAGCAGAGUGCGGGUGCAGGUAGUCGAGGGCAGCAGCUUUCGGAGCACGGUCUGACCUUUCUGCUCCGGUGUAAAUCUGUACGUUACUGGUGUAAAUGUAAAUCCACGCACGCAAGCUUCUUUUUUAUAGGAAAAAAACCUAACGCUUCCCAGAAUGUACACUCUGUAAAUAAAUGGCAUGUAAUAGGCUAUAA